AUGAACGAUCAAUUCCCGCAACAAAGCAAAAGCUAUCCUUACGGGAUGCAAUGCAAUAUGACAAGACCAUUUAUGGAGAUGAGUGAAGAGGAUCGAAAGUGUUUAGAGGAGAGGAAAUAUUGGUGCUUUAUGCUGAGCAGCAUUGUCACCUUUUGCGUGUCGAUGUUGCUGGUGGUGACGUGGCGAAUCGUGACGCAUCUAUUUUGCCAGCGCCGGGAUCGGGACGAGGUGGAGCCGGUCGCCGAGGCGGUCCCACUGCAGGUGAAUGGAAAGCACGUUGCGAAGACGGAUUUAGAGGCAGUCAAUCUAAAGCAAGAGGAGAGAAAUCUCGGCUGGAUGACGGAGGCAAAGGAUUGGGCCGGCGAGUUGAUCUCGGGUCAAUCGUUGACCGGUCGUUUCCUCGUCGUGCUCGUUUUCGUGCUCUCUCUCGGCUCGUUGGCCAUCUAUUUCUAUGAUGCCAGUUUUCAAAAUUUCCAAGUGGAGACGUGCAUCCCGUGGCAGGACAGCCCGUCACAGCAGAUCGAUCUCGGCUUCAACAUCUUUUUCUUGGUCUACUUUUUCAUUCGGUUUAUCGCCGCUUCGGAUAAAGUUUGGUUUCUGCUUGAGCUGUACUCUUUCAUCGACUAUUGUACCAUUCCACCCUCAUUUGUUGCCAUUUAUUUGCAGAGAAAUUGGCUUGGGUUCCGGUUUCUGCGCGCGCUUCGACUAAUGACAGUGCCUGACAUUCUACAAUAUUUAAACAUUCUUAAAACCUCGUCUUCUAUAAGAUUGACUCAAUUGGUAACGAUUUUCGUUUCGGUUUGUCUCACUGGCGCUGGCGGAGUUCACUUGUUUGAAAAUUCGGGUGAUUUCUUCAAAGGCUUUGUGAAUCCGCAUCGAAUAACCUAUGCUGAUUGUGUCUAUUUUCUUCUCGUCACCAUGAGUACCGUUGGCUACGGUGAUAUUUAUUGUACAACACUUUGCGGUCGAAUCUUCAUGGUAUUCUUCAUUCUCGGCGGGCUGGCCAUGUUCGCCUCAUACGUUCCCGAAAUCGCGGAUCUGAUCGGUAAUCGUCAAAAGUAUGGCGGGGAAUAUAAAGGAGAACACGGGAAAAAACACAUCGUCGUUUGUGGGCACAUUACAUAUGACUCCGUUUCACAUUUUCUACAGGAUUUUCUCCACGAGGACCGUGACGACGUCGAUGUGGAAGUGGUCUUCUUGCACAGAGUAGUGCCCGACUUGGAGUUAGAAGGUUUAUUCAAGCGACACUUCACAAAAGUCGAAUUCUUCACCGGCACCGUUAUGGAUUCAUUAGAUUUAUCGAGAGUAAAGGUAGGUGACGCGGAUGCUUGCCUUGUGUUAGCCAACAAAUACUCAACAAAUCCGGACGCAGAAGACGCAGCAAAUAUCAUGCGAGUGAUCUCAAUCAAGAAUUAUUCAAGUGACAUUCGAGUGAUCGUGCAACUCAUGCAAUAUCAUAAUAAGGCAUAUCUCUUGAAUAUCCCAUCAUGGGAUUGGCGAAGGGGUGACGAUGUGAUUUGUUUGGCUGAGUUAAAGCUUGGUUUCAUUGCGCAAUCGUGUUUGGCGCCCGGUUUCUCGACAAUGAUGGCGAAUCUCUUCGCAAUGCGUAGCUUUAAAACAUCACGCGAAACACCGGAUUGGUUGAAUCUUUAUCUCUGUGGUGCGGGAAUGGAGAUGUACACGGAUACAUUGAGUCACGGCUUUGUUGGAAUGACAUUCCCGGAGGCUUCCGAUUUACUCUUCACUCGACUUGGUCUCCUUUUGUUAGCGAUUGAAUUAAAAGAUGAAGAGAACAAAGAGUGUAAUAUUGCGAUCAAUCCUGGUCCACACAUCACAAUUCAACCGCAAACUCAAGGUUUCUUCAUCGCUCAGAGUGCUGAUGAAGUGAAGAGAGCGUUUUUCUGGUGUAAACAAUGUCACGAGGAUAUUCGCGACGUGACACUUAUCAAGAAGUGUAAAUGCAAGAAUUUGAAUCUGUUUCGUCGUUCAACCAAAGCGAUCAACGUAAAAGCCGACUUCAACAACGAUUUCGAUGUUCUCUUUGACAAGAGCUACGCUCGUCAAAACAUUGACACGAAUGCGACAAGUGGGCAACAAGGGAAUCCAAUCGGAUCGCAAGUUCAGCUGAGAAUGGUGAACGACGUGAGCUCACAAUCAGAUCAUCAUUUGAUGGGGAAAUCGAUGCGAGUCGCUUACGAGAUCAAGAAACUUAUGCCAUCAACAGGUCGUCGAAGUUCUCUCUCGAUUCCACCAGAUGGUAGAGGCGUUGAUUUAUGUAAAGAAUUCGAGCAACAAGAUAUGAAAUACGAUUCGACUGGCAUGUUCCAUUGGUGUCCGGCGAGGAAUCUCGAUGAGUGUGUGCUGGAACGUCACCAAGCAGCGAUGACCGUUUUGAAUGGUCACGUUGUCGUUUGUCUUUUCGCUGAUCGAGAUUCACCAUUAAUUGGACUUCGUAAUUUCAUUAUGCCUCUACGCGCAUCGAAUUUCCAUUAUCAUGAGCUGAAACACGUAGUGAUCGUCGGUGAUCUCGAUUACUUGAGAAAAGAAUGGAAAACCCUAUACAAUCUCCCAAAGAUCUCUAUUUUAAAUGGUUCCCCAUUGAGUCGAGCCGAUUUGCGUGCGGUGAACAUCAAUCUUUGUGACAUGUGCGUGAUCAUCUCGGCUCGAGUCCCGAAUACAGAGGAUACCACACUAGCGGACAAGGAGGCGAUUCUGGCAUCAUUGAACAUUAAAGCUAUGCAAUUCGAUGACACUCUCGGCUUUUUCCCGAUUCGUGGCGGAGAUCGAUCACCACUCGGCAGUCCUCUAUCAAUGCAUAAAAAGGGCGCACGCUUCGGCACAAAUGUCCCAAUGAUCACUGAGCUUGUGAAUGAUAGCAAUGUGCAAUUUCUUGAUCAAGAUGAUGAUGACGAUCCGGACACUGAAUUGUAUCUUACUCAGCCGUUCGCUUGCGGCACAGCUUUCGCAAUCUCUGUCUUAGACUCACUAAUGAGCACAACCUACUUUAAUGAUUCGGCUUUGACUUUGAUUCGAACAUUGGUGACUGGAGGGGCGACACCAGAGUUAGAGUUGAUUCUAGCCGAAGGAGCUGGACUUCGCGGUGGUUACAGCACUGCGGAGACUUUAUCAAAUCGAGAUCGUUGUCGCAUUGCACAGAUUUCGCUUUCCGAUGGACCCUACGAGGGAAUUGGGCACAACUCGACAUACGGCCAAAUGUUCUCGACAGCACUCAAGAAAUAUGGUCAACUUUGCAUUGGGCUUUAUCGUUUACAUGAUCAAGACAAUGCGGACUCGGUGAAACGAUAUGUGAUCACAAAUCCGCCGGCUGAGUUACGCAUUCGACAAACUGAUAUGGUCUACGUGCUCGAGCAAUUCGAUCCAGGGCUAGAAUACGAGCCAGGGAAGAGGGUUCUU